AUGGCGACAGAUUCGGCUCUGGAUUACUCACGAGUCCCCACAAGCGACGAUGACCGUGUGGAAAAUGUGCAUGAGUUGACCCGCGUGGAAACUUCGCCAUUUCCAGCAAUCCAAAUUACGCCCUCAGAAGAGAGGCCGCACCUGUCUCUCGAACGUGAGGGAUCUGGCCAUGAUUCGCCUCACGAAGCUCCUCAUGGUUCAACUAGCGAAUCCGACAACGACGAGUCUGUCACUCAACCUCUUUCACCAAGACCAACCGGUAGCCGUCCUACUGUCGAGAAAUUAAAGGAUGAGCGCAGACAUUCCUCCUUCAGUACACUCAAGGAGCGUGUGCAUGGCUCGAUUACGCCCUCGCUACACAAUUUGCUCGAAAAGGAUACUCCGGAGAACGCCACGUCCCGGGAAUAUCGAUACAAGACCCAGCGCAGGCGUCUUUUACGAUUAACCAUCGGCGAAUGGUUCAACACGCUUGCACUGUGCGCAAUCUACUUCAGCAUCCUGUAUGCCUAUUCCCACAGACAGGCUAUCAGCGUGCCUCAGCGGAGGGAGUUCAAUGCGCUCACAACAGGCGUCUCACUCGUGCUUGGUGUCAACCUCGCAGCGUCGCUACGGAGUUAUGCAAAACUGCUCCGGUGGCGAAUGUUGGCGGCAUGCUAUCGACCACUCGAGACUUUUGACCUUGUGAUGGGUUGCGACAGCUUGAUCAACGUCUUCAAACUCCUCUACAAAGCGAAGAACCAGCGGUACAAACACCUGCCGUCAAGGACACAAAUCUUUUGCGUUCUGUGGUUGUUGGUCCAUCUCGCUGUCACGGUUCUGGUUGGUAUCAUUGGUCUGAACUACAACCUCGAGACUUCUCCGUACCAGGUCCUCAUCCGAAAAGGAAGUGUGAAUAUCUUGGACCUAAACUCUCUGUGGCGUGAGCAGGGCGGCGCAGCUGACCUUACGGACCUCUACGACAUCCACCUCAAGGGACUCGCCGGCGCCAAUGGCUACGAAUAUAACUUGACCAAGUUAGAGGACGACUUCUCAUCCUAUAUUACCGAAGAAUUCGAUGGCGCCGAAGGAGACUACUUUGGAGACUUCGCGGGACAUACUGUCUACUAUUUCCAAGACCUAAACAGCGAAGACCUGUCCGAAGUUGCCAUAUCCACGAGACAUAUAGAAUCUCAAGCCAGGUGCACAGCUUUCGACGUGACCCACGGCCAGUACGGAAAUCUCUCGUACGUCGUCUACAAGGACGGAGAGAAGGAAGUCAACCGUUCACUGCCGACUGUUCCUGGAUAUGGAAGUCUGAUCACCAUCUCCCAGAUGAAUUCGACGUGCGGUAAACGAUGCGUCGACAUUGAAGGCUUCCAAGCGCUUUCGGACUACUGGUCCAUUUACCAAGCCGUGUAUUUCACGUGCAACAACACCGUUUCACAGGCUAUCGAUACUCGAAACAAACUCACCUCGGACUACUUGGUUUCCGAUGUGGUGGCAAGCAUGCUUGCUGGAGCGAUCGGAUGGGACAAAACUCCGCCCACAAUAUUGCCUGACGGCAGGCAGGAGCAAUAUCAAAUCUAUCAGAACAUCACAUCCAUUGGUUUCAACGGCGCAGGCGGCGAGCCGGAUGCGCCAACCAUGGCCGACGUGAUCUCCAGCUUCACAAUGGGCACGAUUGCGACCUUGGACGCCUCGGCAGAUUUGGAUUACAGAAAGGACGUCGCCGACGGAAGACAGCCGAUUCCUGCCCAGAUACUGAAAGUGACGUGGAAGUACGCAGGCAGCAUCCUUGGGUUGAUCCCUUUCAUUCACUUCUGCACGCUGGUGUUGGUUAUCAAGUGGGCAAACAAAGCAAUCAUCAAGGACGAUAGCCAUCUUGCCAUUGCAAAAGUAUACUACACACUUAUCGGCCUAUUGGGCGAGAGAGGAUGUCUGCUUCGAGGGGAUCAGAUCGUCGAGCUGCUCGCGAAUCCAGAUGUCGCGUAUGGCUGGAGACAGAGUACUGAUUAUGAGGGUGCUCUGCACGUCGACGUGUUUGAGCGCGGUCGAGGCGCUCCACGAGUCGAGAAACCAUUCCUGGAGGGAUGGUACGAUGGAAACAGCAAAACACCCAGCUCGGCGGAGUCUCACGCCGAGAUGGCUCAAAGGAGGCGAUAUAGGGACAUUGAUGCUGCCGAUUACUUCUGA